AUAAGCGAAGAACACCAAAACCCAUUCCAUUUCAUUUUAAACGGAAAGAAAUUUCGGACCCUAACCGCGUGUGUAUUUAAAAUCCUCAAAAGCGGGGAAAGGAAGAUUGGAUUCUGGGACUUUGACGUUGUUUCAAUUGUGGUCGUGUCGGUGCCCGAUCUCAAACGACGAUGUCAUCUUUAUAUAGAGGAGAAUCCAGGAGGUACAACAAUAAACCAAGAGGACGUCAUAAUUUGACAACGCAGAAGAAGCAGGAGAUUAAGGAAGCCUUUGAGUUAUUUGAUACUGAUGGCUCAGGAACUAUUGAUGCCAAAGAGCUGAAUGUUGCCAUGAGGGCCCUUGGAUUUGAGAUGACAGAAGAGCAAAUUAAUAAAAUGAUAGAAGAUGUGGACAAGGAUGGAAGUGGAGCAAUUGAUUAUGAUGAAUUUGAGUACAUGAUGACAGCCAAAAUAGGAGAAAGGGACACUAAAGAGGAGCUCAUGAAAGCUUUCAAUAUUAUUGAUCAUGAUAAAAAUGGAAAGAUAUCUGCAUUAGACAUCAAGCGCAUUGCAAAAGAGCUAGGACAAAAUUUCACCGACAGAGAGAUUCAGGAGAUGGUUGAUGAAGCAGACCAAGAUAAUGAUCGAGAAGUUAGUGCAGAGGAGUUCAUCACGAUGAUGAACAGAAAUCGCUUCCAUCACUAGUUAUCUAUAUGGGGCAGUUGUUAUCUUUGUUUGGCUGCACUACUAGUAUAGGAAAAUUAAAAAUAAAAUAAAAACAAACGAAGCUAUAUAUACUCUUCCUAUUGUUGUACAAGUUAUAUGAAUGAUUCCAAUGCUAUGUUUGUGUAUUGCCUAUGAAUAACAUUGAUGUAUGUCCAUAUUUUGGUUUAAUUCGACUCAUUUCAUUUUUUGUACCAAA